AUGGGUGCGAGGUUAGCAUACCGACGGAGAAAUCCAUACAACACACGUUCCAACAAAGUCCGAAUCGUCAAGACGCCAGGGGGAAAACUCCAAUACCAGCACACCAAGAAGAAGGGCAGCCCGCCAAAGUGCGGUGACUGUGGCACCAAGCUCCCAGGCAUCCCCGCUCUCCGGCCCCGUGAAUACGCCAAAAUCUCCAAGCCUAAGAAAACCGUGCAGCGCGCAUAUGGGGGCUCGAGGUGUUCGAACUGUGUGAAGGAUAGGGUCGUGAGGGCGUUUUUGAUUGAGGAGCAGAAGAUUGUGAAGAAGGUGCUGAAGGAGAAUCUGGCGAAGAAGCGUUAA